AUGAGACCUAUUUUGCUUCAAGGUCAUACCAGAGCUUUAACUCAAAUCAAAUACAACAGAGAAGGUGAUUUACUCUUCUCAGUCUCCAAAGACAAGGUCGCCAAUGUCUGGUACUCUCAUAAUGGUGAACGUCUCGGUACAUAUACUGGCCAUCAAGGUUCCGUUUGGGCCAUUGAUGUCAAUGCCAACUCUACAUUGCUCGUUACUGGUUCUGCCGAUAAUAGCUGUAAGCUUUGGGAGGUUCAAACAGGCCGCUGUUUGAAGACAUGGGAGUUCAAGACUGCUGUCAAGCGCGUUGAAUUCAGUGAGGAUAAUACUAUGGUGUUGUGUGUUACUGAGGAACGUAUGGGUUUCUCUGGUACUGUCACUGUUUACCCUGUCAACAAUGAUGUGAAUGGCACUCAAUCCGAUGCGCCUGUCGUUACUAUUACUAACAACGGUGGCUCAAAGGCUGUCGUUGCUGGCUGGACCUGCUUAGACAAGUACAUCAUCACUGGUCAUGAAGAUGGCACUAUUUGUCAAUGGGAUUGGAAGACAAACGAAAAGGUUAAGUCUAUUCACCCUCACGAAGGUGUCUUAUCCGACAUGCAAUUCAGCCCUGAUCGCACAUAUUUUAUCACUGCUUCCAAGGACAAGAGCGCAAAGAUCUUUGAUUCACUCAGUUUAGACGAAAAGAAAUCAUUUUCUGCUGAUACACCUCUCAAUUCAGCUGCUUUAACUCCCAAACACCAAGAAUUUGUCAUUUUGGGUGGUGGUCAAGAUGCCAUGAAUGUCACAACUACAUCUGCCAGACAAGGUAAAUUCGAGAGUAGAUUCUAUCACAAGAUCCUUGAAGAGGAAGUCGGUCGUGUUAGAGGCCAUUUCGGUCCUAUCAAUACCAUUGCUGUUCAUCCUGAUGGUACAAGUUAUUCAAGUGGUGGUGAAGAUGGUUACGUUCGUGUCCAUCACUUUGAUCCUGACUACUUUACAUUUAAGCUUGAAAUCUAA